CUUUUCAUUUGUCCCGGCUCACUUUGUCGCCGAGCUCGCCGAGGCUGACAGAGCAUCGAUCAUCCUGGUGGAGACCAGGUGGGAGUACCUGCAUACAGGGAAUCCAAGUUGAGACAAAAACACCAGCACCCAUGGAGAACUUCAGUUACGAGGAGGGCAGCGACGUGUCCUGCGAAGAUAACGAGCCAGCCUUUCCCUCUCCUCUCCGGCUAACUUCAUCGGGUCAGAAUGGUACCUUUGAACCCCAGAGGACAGAGGAGGACGCGCCUCUCCCUGAAGCCAUCAUCAUUCCCAGUGAUUCAGACGCUUUUCUGAACCUGAACACCAACGCCACCACGAGAGGAGAUGCUCAAGCCUACGUGGAGCUGAACGAGCUCCAGGGCAACAUCUGGCAGGAGACUGGGCGAUGGGUGGGCUACGAAGAGAACUUGGACUCUGCUACGAGAAAGUGGGGCCCUUCUCAUGUCUCCUACCUCACCUUUAGGAGUUUGCUUCAAGUCCGCAGAGCCAUGAGCACAGGUGCAAUCAUUUUUGACGUCGCUGCCAGCACUCUGUCCUCCGUGGCGGAGAGGAUGGUUGACGAGCUGCUCAGCAGGAACGAAAUCCGCUCCAAUGAUCGAGACGCCCUGCUGAGAGCUCUCCUAAUGAGGCGCAGUCAGUCUGAAGGACCAGCGGUUACUCAGUCUGGAGACAUUCAAAUGCAAACUUUUUCCGUUGCAAAGAAGAGAGAGUGUUCAGACAAUGUGGAGGCUUCAAUCGUCCUCACAGGCAUCUUUGACCUCCUGCAGAAGCCCGUGCUUGCUUUUGUCCGGCUGACCGACUCUGUGGUGAUGGAGUCCAUUCUGCAGUCUUCUGUUCCUGUUCGCUUCGUCCUUAUGAUGGUGGGACCAAGCCAGAGUGGGUUAGACUACAGUCAGAUUGGACGUGCCAUGGCUGCUCUGAUGGCCGACUGGGUGUUCUGUUUGGAAGCUUACCUGGCCCAGACUGAAAAAGACCUGACCAACGCAGUUGCAGACUUCAUGGACUGCAGCGUCGUGAUUCCUCCCACUGAGAUCCAAGACAUAGCCAUGAUGGAGCCCAUCAUCGCCUUCCAGAAGAAGAUGUUGUGUGACCGACUUCGUCCCAUUGACACCCGACUUGCUUUUGGAGACAGGGUUGAAGACACAGGUCCAGAGGAACCCAAGGAGGACCCUCUGGCCCGCACAGGCUAUCCUUUCGGUGGAAUGGUGAAAGACAUCAAGCGUCGUUACCGUCACUACCUCAGCGACUACACAGAUGCUCUGAACCCUCAGGUCCUCUCAGCCAUCAUCUUCAUCUACUUCGCUGCCCUGUCCCCUGCCAUCACUUUUGGAGGACUUCUGGCUGACAAAACAGAUAAAAUGAUGGGUGUGUCCGAGCUUAUGAUCGCCACCUGCGUCCAGGGUGUCAUCUUCUGUUUCUUCGCCGCCCAACCGGUCCUCGUCAUCGGCUUCUCUGGACCGCUGCUGCUCUUCGAAGAGGCUUUUUUUGCUUUCUGCAAGGCCCAGGGUCUGGAGUACAUUGUGGGCCGGAUCUGGGUGGGUAUAUGGCUGGUCAUGAUUGUAGUCGUCGUCGUGGCGGUGGAAGGAAGUUUCUUGGUUCGAUUCAUUUCCCGCUUCACCCAAGAAAUCUUCUCCAUCCUCAUCUCGCUCAUUUUCAUCUACGAGACAUUCGCAAAACUCAUAAAGAUCUUCAAAACCCAUCCUCUGAUCCUGAACUACGAGCAUCUGAACGACACGCUGGACAACCCCUUCCACCCAGUCAUUAAGGAGCACAUUGAGAUCCAUCCGGACGGAAACACGACCGUUAAAGAGCUGGAGAUUGAAAGGGCCUACCCGAACACCGCCCUGCUGUCCAUGUGCCUGAUGUUUGGCUGCUUCUUCAUUGCGUACUUCCUCCGUCAGUUCAAAACUGGUACCUUCCUCCCCGGCCCAAUUCGUCGUUUGAUCGGUGAUUUCGGCGUGCCCAUUGCUAUCUUCUUCAUGAUCGCUGUGGAUAUCAGCAUUGAGGAUGCCUACACUCAGAAACUAGUCGUGCCAAAAGGUGUUGAAGUGACCAACCCCAGAGAAAGAGGCUGGUUGAUCAACCCCAUGGGAGAGAAAAAGCCUUUCCCUAUUUGGAUGAUGGGCGCCUGCUGCGUCCCUGCUCUGCUCGUCUUCAUCCUCAUCUUCAUGGAAUCCCAGAUCACUACAUUGAUUGUGAGCAAACCUGAGAGGAAAAUGGUGAAAGGAUCUGGUUUUCACUUUGAUCUGCUCCUGUUGGUCACCGUGGGGGGUAUCUCCUCCAUCUUUGGCGUGCCCUGGCUGAGUGCUGCCACUGUGCGCUCCGUCACUCACGCCAACGCCCUUACCGUCAUGACCAAAGGCCCCAAACCAGAGAUAGAGAAGGUGGUUGAGCAGAGGAUCAGUGGUCUAAUUGUGGCCGUGAUGGUUGGUGUUUCAAUUUUCAUGGAGCCCAUUCUGAAGAUGAUUCCCAUGACGGCCUUGUUUGGCAUCUUCCUCUAUAUGGGUAUCACCUCUCUCAGUGGAGUCCAGAUGUGGGACAGGAUGCUUCUGCUCUUUACUCCAAAGAAAUACCAUCCAUCUGAUGCUUACGCUACCAGGGUGAGGACACUGAAGAUGCACCUGUUCACUUUAGUUCAGGUUCUGUGUCUGGCCAUCCUGUGGGCGGUGAAGCAAAGCCCCUUCUCUCUGGCUCUUCCUUUCUUCCUGAUCCUCACCAUCCCUCUGCGAAUGUUCAUGACCGGCCGGAUCUUCACCAGCAAGGAGAUGAAAUGUCUGGAUGCGGAUGAUGCUAAAGUGAAAUUUGAUGAUGAACCCGUCGACGAUGGCUUGGCAUAAACACAAACUUUAACAUAAAAUAACUUCUUUUGUAAUUUUCAACUGUUGUUUUUUAUUUUACCUUUCAGUGCCAUUAUUCACACCAAUUCCUCUGUAGAUUAAUGUUUUUAACUACACAACCA